UUAUUGUUAAUAUUAUUAUUGGUUGAAGAGAGAGAGUGUGUUUCUGUUUCCUGUUUCUCCCUUUGACUGUGACCAAACCCCAAAACACAAGCUUCCUCUUUUCUUCGUCUUCUUCUUCAUCUCCUUCAUUACAAAACUGUAUAAUUAAGCUGCCUCUUCCUUUCACUUUCAACUUUCUCUCUCUUAAACAACAACACCUACACCAACCUUCCUCAUCUCCUCCAUCUUCCUGUCUUUUACUGAUUAUUUAUUCUUGCUGGUGACUUUGAAUCCUGCUGGUCAUUUUGUGUGGAAACGAUAUAAUGGCUCCAGUGGGUAUCGCUCCCACCUCUGGGCUUAGAGAGGCCGGUGGCAAUGUUGGUGCUAUUGAUAAGUUACCUGAUGAGAUGAAUGGCAUGAAAAUUAGAGAUGAUAAGGAAAUGGAAACUGCUGUUGUUGAUGGUAAUGGUGCAGAGACUGGUCAUAUAAUUGUCACGACGAUUGGUGGUAAAAACGGGCAAGCUAAGCAGACAGUGAGUUACAUGGCUGAGCGUGUUGUCGGACAAGGAUCCUUUGGAGAAGUGUUUCAGGCAAAGUGUUUGGAGACGGGUGAAACUGUGGCUAUAAAGAAAGUCCUUCAGGACAAGAGAUACAAGAACCGUGAGUUGCAGACAAUGCGUCUUUUGGAUCAUCCAAAUGUCACCUCUUUAAAGCAUUGUUUCUUUUCCACAACUGGAAAGGAUGAACUUUAUCUUAAUCUGGUGCUUGAGUUUGUCCCUGAAACUGUUCAUCGUGUCAUAAGACACUACAACAAGAUAAACCAGAGAAUGCCGUUGAUAUAUGUAAAGCUUUACAUGUACCAGAUCUGUCGAGCAUUAGCCUACAUUCACGGGACAAUUGGGGUAUGCCAUAGAGACAUAAAGCCCCAAAACCUACUGGUCAAUCCGCAUACGCACCAGUUAAAGAUUUGCGACUUUGGAAGUGCUAAAGUCUUGGUGAAAGGAGAGCCAAACAUAUCUUAUAUAUGCUCUAGAUACUAUCGUGCACCAGAACUGAUAUUCGGAGCAACUGAGUACACAACUGCAAUUGACAUCUGGUCUGCUGGUUGUGUUCUUGCUGAACUGCUUCUUGGACAACCUUUAUUCCCUGGUGAGAGUGGAGUAGAUCAGCUUGUGGAGAUUAUCAAGGUUUUGGGUACCCCAACAAGGGAAGAAAUAAAAUGUAUGAAUCCCAAUUACACCGAAUUUAAGUUCCCCCAAAUUAAAGCACACCCAUGGCACAAGAUAUUCCACAAGCGUAUGCCUCCUGAGGCUGUUGAUCUUGUCUCAAGACUUCUGCAAUAUAGUCCGAACCUUCGUUGCACAGCUUUAGAAGCUCUAAUUCAUCCAUUCUUCGACGAGCUACGUGAUCCAAAUUCUCGCUUACCCAAUGGGCGGGCCCUUCCCCCACUCUUCAAUUUUAAGGCUCAUGAACUAAAAGGAGUUCAUACCGAAACUUUGGCGAGGCUUGUUCCAGAACAUGCUAGAAAGCAGUGUGCUUUUCUUGGAUCAUGAUGUAGUUGACGGCGAUCUUGCUCAAGAGGUGCUUUCAUGGAGAAAUGUUUCAGCUGGUUUGAAGUAGAUAGCUAUAUGCGCAUGUUCAAGGGGAAGCUUUGGAGGUUAUAUUAAUUUCAAUUAACUUUGUAUGUUCUCUGCUAACGUGCUGUUUACGUUCAUAAUGGUGUGGUAAUAUGGGAAGGUUCUGUUUAUUGUACCCAGAACCUAAUGGGCGAUGAACCCUUGUCUGUAGAUGUGACUGUAGGUUGUAACUAUGUAUCGAAUUAAAUGAUCAUUUUAUUCUUUUAUAUGGUUCACUCUGUUAUUCGAUUCAGAGAGGCACUGCAUCACUGUGACUGCUGUGUUUUUUGUAAAAUUUCCUAAUUUUUACUCUCUAUGAUUUUAAUAGAAGUAUUAGUGUAUUACCUUGA